AUGUAGUUGAUCUUAGUAAUCUUUGGCAUUUUAGCAUGCAUGAAUGCUCUAAAAGUUUAUCAAGAAUUAAGUGAUCCUUCACUUACUCCAUCAUCUAAUAUAAUGAGAUGCUCAAUACUCAGCUAAAUUGACUAUUAUUAUCUGAGCUCUAUAUAACCAACUGUCAAUUACUAAAUGAGUAUAGCUGAGUCUCAUUACGCUGUUGAUAUUUUUGUGGACUUUUAUUUAAUAGGGGAAUUCGUGAAUAAACCCAUAAACAUUUUGCUAGACAACAUCCUCAUUGAUUAAUACUCAGUAAGGUAUGAUUAUUCAGUGCCAUUUUGUGAUACUUUACCAACUUAGGUUAGUACUUAUUUCAAGUCAUACAUCCAUUAUUAACGUGACUUAAACUUGGCAUUCCAACUUGAGACUUAAGAUGGGUUCUCUUUGGGUAUCAGAAAUAUCUAAAUAAUACCUAAAUUAUGCCACGAGUCAUGUACAUAAUGUGUGGGACCCCAAAAAAACCAAUGUAGAUCCUGUUAUAUUGGUGCUCAAAUAAGUAAGAAGACUAAUGAGUGUAAAUGUCCAUCCACCUCACCUUACUUGAGUGUACAACAAAAUCAAUGCAUAAAGAAAUGCGAAGUGAGUGAAUAUUUUGACCAGAAUCUUGAGAGGUGUAUUUUCGAUGACAAAAUGGAAUAGGUUUCCUAAUACUUUUGGGGCAAUUAUGAUUUCACUGGCUGGUCUAUGAUAGAAAAUGGAGUAACCUAAUCUUUGUUUAAUAAAUUCUAUAUGAAUAUGAAUGUAAAAAUUGUGGGGUAAUUCUUUGUGAGCCAAUCCAUCAAUUAUAAAUUCAGCAACGCCUUCUAUUAUCAUUCAUUAAGAAUACGAGCAGACAUCUACAUAUUUAAAUCCUAAUUGCCCCCUUCAAUCUUUGUUCAAGUAGACAAGAUACAGAAGCUUGUAACUCCAUUACAUUCUUACAAUGAGACAUAAUCACAGGGCUACAUCCUAUAUCAUAUCGACUAUGUAAUCGAUGCAUUGCCUAUUUCCAAUAUAACUAUUAGUGUCGAUAGCGAUGAAAACAUCUAGUGGGGGAUAAACCAAAUUAUUAUCAACACCGUAAAUUGUCAAGCCAAUUGCAACUCUUGUAAAAGCAAACUCGUUUGUAACACCUGCAAGGCUGGAUAUUACCUCUAUUAAGGAAGUUGUGUUACUUCAUGUCCCAGUUAUUCUAAAUUGGAGGGUUAAGUUUGCAAAGAUGCUACUGAAUAAUAUCCAUCAACUACUUACUUAAUGAGAGCCUUUGACGAUAAUAUUAUCAGUAACUUUAUUGUUAAAAAUACAAGAAGCAUCAAUUCUUUUUAUUAAAAUCAAUUUGGAACAUUUUUUAAUGGCGUUAGAUAUUUUGGUGGAUUAAAGGAUAAGGGCAAUUAAUUCUUCUAAAAGUAAUUCACCAAUGUGGCACCUCAUUAUAAAAUUCUUAUACAAUUGAAUUUGAUAACUUUUGAGUUCACAUCAUUAAACUAUUCAUCUAAUGUUGUUUCCAUCUCCAUUGAUACUCAGACAGCAACUAAAAUUAAUUCUUCGCAAAGUCAAAUCCAAUAGGUUUCAGUAGAAUAAGUUCACUCAUCGAAUAACUUAACUCUGGUAAUGAUGUCUGUUUCGUAACCUAAUACCUAUUUCAGUUUUGGAAUCUCAAAUCUAAAUGUUAUGAUUUAAAGAUGCGCACCUUUAUGCAGAACGUGUAUUGGUCCCAAUCAGAAUGAUUGCACUGAAUGGAUAAUUGAAUAGAACUCUUAGAAUCAAAAUUGCAAUAAUGGCUUUAUAUUUGACAUAGAAUAAUAAAAGUGUGUAUUGUGUCCAUUAGGUUGUCAAAAAUGUUUGGAUCAAGUAACUUGUCUGAAAUGUGAAGACACAUUUACAUAGUAGGGAAGCAGUUGUUACUGUUUGAAUGGAUAUGUUGAUGAAUUCACAUUAGAUCGUAUAGCUAACCCACCUAGUUCUUGAUGAUAUAGAUGAACCCCCUACAUAUAUAUCUAAAAUCAGAAUCCAAUAUAUUAUUAUAA